CCUAGAUAUACCACAAAUCGCUAGCUCUAGCAGUACACCAGACACAUCGCUAGUCAUGUCAUCUUCAGCUCGAACUGCACUCCGACUCUUGCGACCUCUCAAGGUCACCCGAUCGACCACUGCUGGACCUUCCCGACUUCCCCUGCUCACUCCUGCCAUCCGCACGUUUAGGACGACCUCUGCCCGGUCUCAUGCACCUAUCAAGCCGGUCAUGGCUCCUGCUGCCGAAGCUCCUGGUAGUGUAGCACCUUCUCCCUCUACUACGACCUUGUCAGCAAGCGAAUAUGAGAAACAUUCGAAUGUAACCAUGGAGAUGUUACACGAUCAGCUGGAAGCGCUCGUGGAAGAAUACAGCCCAGAGGGGGCCAACGGGUGGGAAUGCGAGUACAGCUCGGGAGUGUUGACGUUGUCGUUAGGACCGCAUGGGACGUAUGUGAUCAACAAGCAACCUCCUAACCAGCAGAUCUGGUUGAGCAGUCCCUUCAGCGGACCCAUGCGUUUCUCUUUCAUUCAACCCACUACCGCCACGAGCACUGACUCUGGCGCACAAGGCGUCUGGACAUACGCACGGGAUGAAGUCACCCUGGGAGCACUGUUGGACAGGGAGAUCAGGAGCGUGUUGGUCAGCGAGGUCGGGCAGGAAGAGGCCGAUGCGUGGGAGGGUGCUGGGGUCGAGUAGGUAUCAGCGCUGAGAACGGUUAUUGGAGCUGGAGAAGAAGUCGAUCUUGGACAAUAGUAUGAAGAAGUAGAUGUGUACCUGGAUCAGGACAAUCUCGGAAGAUUACGCCUCGACAGUAUGAUCGACAUUUCAUCACGACACCGUUACCCAACUGCAAGCGGCUCGAGCUGCGUACCUCUCAACCCCACCAGACAUCUAUCUGCUCUUCAUCCCGCUACGCUUCGAACGUGUAUUUACCCUAGUAGGAACCUUCUUUGCUACCCGUCAGACUGGCCCGUCAAGCCUGGCCAUCCGCUGUUCGAUGGACUAGCGGACUAGCUAGCUUAUAGCUGGAUAGCUGGAUAGCUGGCUGAUCAGUCAAUCGGCCGCCGUGAUCAGCUACUGCCGUAAUCACCAGGCGAUAACAACAAUGCA